AAGCAGCGCCCCCUGAAAAUCCACAUCCUGGCGGCAGGAUUAAGACAAAAGUGAAAAAGUGUCACAGGAAAGUUGAAGUGCAAACAAAGAAAGUGCUAAACGACGCGAGAAUUAAACUCACAAAUAAGGACCUCACCAAAUCCUUAAAGAAAGUGCUAGCCCUUGGCCAUUUUGCACAGUUUUCUUUUUGGCCGGCGCUUUUCGGGGGAAACUGUUUCGGUGUCGGAAACUGAAGAACUCCCAAGGUUGCGGGCCCAAAAGCUGUUGUGACAUUUUUUUGGCAAAGCAGAAACGCAAUGGCGCCAAAGACGCCGCCAUUUUCACAGCUCGACAAAAUGGCGACAAGGACAUCCACAUCCAGUUGGCUCUGCCGCCUGCUGCUAUUCGGCUUUUGCAUUGGCGCCGCCGCCGCCCGAGACAUUCGAUCGCCGAUGGACCAGACAGACGUGGCCUUCUACUGCCCUGGAGAGGGUUUGUUUGCGGACGACUACGAUUGCCGGAUUUAUUACCGCUGCGAGCGGCGUUCCGGGCAGUACAUCCAACCCUAUCUGCUGGCCUGUCCAGAGGACGCGGUCUUCUCCCGCACCCUGCGCAUGUGUCUGCCACCAGCGAUGGCUGGGCGGGAUGAGUGCGUUGACCAGGCGAACGAGGUGGAUGGCGGCAGCAUGGAGAAGUGGGAGCAGGACGACUACGGACAGGAUGACCAUAAUGCGAUGCUUAACCUGGCCGUCACACCUGCGGCCAAUGAGCUGCGAACCUAUGCGUCCACCCACCGUCUGCCCACAAAUUACGGUCUGGCUGGUCUCAACGGUGUCUCUGUCAUAUCCUUCUCCAGCUCCUCAUCCCUGCGAGCUGUUGGAUCAGCGGAGGAGGACGGCAUAAUAUGCCAGGAUGAUGGCUUCAUGACCGAUCCCAGCGACUGCACCGUGUUUUAUCGCUGCAUCUCGAACGGCCGGGGCUAUAACAAAAUCGGCUUCCGGUGCUCAGAUGGCACGGCGUGGGACGAGUCCCUUCAGUCCUGUAACCAUAUGUUCGACGUACGUGCCAACGGAGGAUGCCGCAAUCAAGCUGUUCCACAGAACGACGGUUAUUACGCCGGCCAAACGUCAACACAGUCCUCGCAGACCAGUUACCAGAACUCAACCACAAGCAGUCAACAGAGCUCGUCCACCAGUUCCUCCAACUCCUCUCAAAGUUCCAGUUCCACAUCCAGCUCUACAUCCAAUUCCACCUCAAGUCAAGAGUCCUCUACAUCCAGUAGCAGUAAUCAGUCGAGCUCCACGUCUAGCAACCAUCAGGAGUCCAGCUCGGAAUCCAGCAACAACCAGGAGUCCAAUUCGGGAUCUAGCAGCAAUCAUGAAUCUAGCACGACUUCCAGCAGCAUUCAAGGCUCAAGCUCUCAAAAUGCUGGCAGCAGCAACCAAAACCAAAGCUCUGGCAGCAGUCAACAACAACAAAACAACAGUGGAUCUAAUAAACCCGUGCCCACCGAGUGCGAGGAUGAAAAUACUUAUAUCCCGGAUAAAGAAGACUGUGCUAAAUUCUACAGAUGCCGCCAAGAUAAAGACGGAAAAUUAGAGCAAGUGCCUUUCACCUGUGGUCCCGGUACGGUUUGGAACCAAAUGGACAAGGUCUGCGAUCUGCCCACUGAGGAUCAAAAGAAGAAGUGCAACAUUCAAUCGGCUUCAUCGAGUGGUAGUAACAUCUCUGGACAGCAAUCUAGUGGAAGCUCCUCCAACAACCAGAGCUCAUCUAACAAUCAAGGAUCGUCUAGCAAUCAAGGUUCAUCCAGCAAUCAAGGAUCGUCUAGCAAUCAAGGCUCAUCUAGCAAUCAAUCUUCCAGCAAUCAGAGCUCAUCCAGCAAUCAAGGAUCUUCUAGCAAUCAAGAAUCGUCUAGCAAUCAAGGCUCAUCCAGCAAUCAAGGCUCAUCCAGCAAUCAAGGAUCUUCUAGCAAUCAAGGCUCAUCCAGCAAUCAAGAAUCCUCAAGCAAUCAGUCCUCCAAUCAAAGCUCAAGUUCAUCUUCUAGCAAUCAGAGCUCCUCAAGCUCAAACAACAAUUCCACGAGCACUCAAACAAAGCCAUCCAAUCCCGAUGGUGAAUGCCAAGAUACGGAAACAUAUUUGGCUGAUAAGAAGGACUGUGCCCGAUUCUAUCGAUGCGUAGAGAAUGGUAGCGGUGGCUUCAAUACUGUUCCUUUCGAUUGCUCCCCUGGAACGGUCUGGGAUCCAGAUACGAAGGGAUGUAACCAUCCAACAGAUGUGCAAAAGGAGCAAUGCAAGGCUAUGGCCAAUGGAAGUGGAUCAUCAUCCAGCCAAGGCUCCUCUUCUAACCAGGGAUCAUCCUCAAGCCAGGGAUCUUCUUCCAAUCAGGGAUCAUCAUCCAAUCAGGGUUCCUCUUCCAACCAAGGAUCAUCUUCAAAUCAGGGUUCCUCAUCUAACCAGGGAUCAUCUUCCAGCCAGAGUUCUUCAUCAAACCAGGGAUCAUCUUCCAGCCAGGGUUCUUCAUCCAACCAGGGAUCAUCAUCCAAUCAGGGUUCCUCUUCCAACCAAGGAUCAUCUUCCAAUCAGGGAUCGUCAUCUAACCAAGGAUCCUCAUCUAGCCAGGAAUCUUCCUCCAACGAAGGAUCAUCUUCCAAUCAGGGAUCAUCCUCGAACCAAGGAUCAUCCUCUAACCAGGGUUCAUCUUCGAACCAAGGAUCAUCCUCCAAUCAGGGCUCAUCUUCUAACCAGGGAUCAUCAUCGACUCAAGGAUCUUCCUCAAAUCAGGGAUCAUCUUCAAAUCAAAGUUCUUCAUCCAACCAAUCGGCCUCGAAUCAAUCCUCCUCCAAUCAGUCGUCGUCUAACCAGACAUCAUCAUCCACUACACAAAAACCCUUCAAACCGGCAGAGAAAUGUGAAAGUGAGGAAACUUUCUUGGCUGACAACGAGAACUGCUCGAAGUUUUAUCGAUGCGUGGAUAAUGGUAAGGGAGGUUUUACAAAAGUAUCAUUCACCUGCCCACCAAACACUCUAUGGGAUCCUGAGGCCAACAGCUGCAACCAUCCUGAUCAGAUCCAGACCAAGCCGCUCAAAUGCAAAAAGGUGGUUAGCCAAGGCGGAAGUUCCUCUAACAGCACCAGCAACUCCUCAAGUAGCUCAAACAACAGUGGUUCCUCUUCGAACAGUGGAUCAUCUUCCAGCUCAUCCUCCAACAGUGACUCCUCCUCCAAUACAGGUUCAUCGUCAAACAGUGGCACUUCUUCCAGCGGUGGCUCAUCGAAUCAAGGCUCAUCCUCCUCCAAUAGUGGCUCCUCUUCCGGCUCGAACUCGUCUGGAAAUCAAUCGACAUCUUCGUCAUCAUCGUCUUCAUCCUCUUCAAGCAAUAACAAUAAUCAAGGUUCAUCCUCAUCGUCCUCCUCCAGCAGCAGCUCGACUUCAACAAAACCAAAUCCCUCUGAAACCUGCAAGGUUAAUGGACAAUUUAUUGGCGAUCGGUCGGAUUGUGCCAAAUUCUAUCGCUGCGUCGAUAAUGACAGAGGUGGCUUCAAUAUGGUACCCUUUAGCUGCGGUCCUGGCACUGUUUGGGAUGCCCAGAUGCAGGCCUGUAAUCAUGCGUGGGCAGUGAAGGAAUGCGGUGGUAUUGCUCCACCUACAACUUCUACGCCGACGACCUCCAGGCCAACAUCCGCAAGCACUUCCAGACCUUCUGACCAAACUUCAACAUCGAGACCCUCAGGUCCGCCCACUACCACACGUCCAGUGACUACCAGACCAACGACUUCUUCCCCAACAACAGCUUCAUCAUCUCAAACAACAUCUCCUGUUACUCAGGUACCCAAUACGGAUGGCAAGUGUCGGUCGGAAGGCUUUAUGGCUGAUCCCAACAACUGCUCCAAAUUCUACCGCUGCGUAAGGAACAACAAAGGUGGCUUCACCCAAAUUCCAUUCCAAUGUGGAGCUGGUACCGUUUGGGAUCAGGAUCUGCAGACCUGCAACCACAACUUUAACAAUUGCAGUACUGGCACUGAAAGUACCACUUCAAAACCACCUUGUGAGCCAGCAACAAAUGGAACAUCGACCACCACACCUCCACCCACCACGACUGAUUUACCAUCCUCUUCAACAACAGGAUUGCCGCCAACUACAACAACCGAAUUGCCUCCAACUACAACCACAGACUUACCUCCUACAACAACUACUAGGUUGCCUCCCACGACAACAACAGGGCUACCUCCGACUACAACAACUAGGCUGCCGCCCACCACGACCACAGGAGCUCAACCCACUACAACAACAAUGAGUUCGGAAAAUGAAACAUCAACGGUAACCACAAGUCCGGAAAGCACCACGCAACCACCGUCUACAACCACUAUGAAACCCCUACCAGCUGGCACGGAAUGCACGGGUGAGGGUUACAUGGCCGAUCCCGAAGACUGCAGGAAAUACUAUCGAUGCAUCAACGCUGGAGCCUCCUACAGAAAGUACAACUUUACGUGUCCCAAGGGCACGGGAUGGAAUGAAGAAGUUCAGACCUGUGACUACAUGGAGAACAUACCGAGGUGCUCGAAGUUUUCCGCUGAACCAAUCACUACGACACCAAGUGAGGAGUCUAAGGAUCCCGGAAGUACCACUCCGCAGUCAACGGAUGAGCCCACCACAGUGACAAAACCCAUUACAAAACCAACCGAAGAACCUUCAACCGAAAAACCGCAAAAGCCGACGACUCAAUAUCCGGAGAAGCCAACCACCACAGAGGAACCAGAAAAGCCCCAGAAGCCGACUACAACCGAGUAUCCUCAGAAGCCAACCACCACGGAAGAACCUACUCCAGAGAAGCCCCAAAAACCCACUACAACCGAAUAUCCUCAGAAGCCGACCACUCAGGAACCCACCACCACAAGUAUUCCGGGGUACAAUCCAACAACAACGUCUGUUCCGGGCUAUAAUCCAACAACAACGACAGUUCCGGUAGAAACUACAACCUCUACUCCUGGCUAUAAGCCAACUACCACCGGCGAACCUAUUACCACGACCACAUUACCUCCCACAACCACCGAUGCCAUUCAAGAGCCCACAACCUCAAAAAAACCUGAACCCACAACAACCACAGAAAGUCCAGAAUCCAGCACACCUGAAGGUUCAGUAACCACUCUUCAGCCGGAGCCACAGCCGAACUAUAACUGCUCUUCGGAGGGAUUCUUCCCAGAUCCCGAGGACUGUAGUCGCUAUUACCGUUGUGUGGAUGCGGCCAAAAAUGGCAAGUAUCAGGUUUAUGCCUUCAAGUGCGGCAAGGGAACUGUUUGGGACACCUCCACCGAGACCUGCAAUUACGCCGAUCAGGUGUCUGGUAAUUGCUCAUCGGGACAGACGACCACGCCGGGAACGACUACGGAACCUGGUACGACGGAGAGCACAACCAGCUCUGGAAAACCUGAAACCACCUCAAAGGUCCCUGAAAACACCACAACAGGAGCUCCUGAAACCACCACCACAUCGGCUCCUGAAACAACCACCACAGUAGCCUCCGAAACCACUACUUCAUGGAGCACAGAAUCCACUACUUCUGGCACAAUCACCACCACAGCCACACCUGAAACCACUAAAAAACCACCCAAGCCUGAAACCACUACCAUAGCUGCGGAAGAAACCUCAACGACGGAGUCGCCUACCACCACAGAGAGUCCUGCUCCCGGUACCAACACCUCAGCUCCUUGCCCCGAAACCGGUCCAGGUCAGAAUGUGUACGUCUGCCCCACUGGAUUCCGCCGGCAUCCGGAGAAGUGCGGCAUGUUCUACCAGUGCAGUGAAAGUGCGGAUAGCAAUGAUCUUAACAUCGUGGUAUUCCAAUGCCCCAACGGAACCGUCUACCAAGACAAGUCCUGCAGCUGUGGCAAGCCGCCGGCAGGUGACAAGUGUUCCAAGGACAUGAAGAGGACCACCAAUUUGUUUGAAGAGGAAACGAAACUUCAGAAUGUGGUUCAAAUAAGCACGACGGAUCCUCUCUGCCCGGAUGAGGGUCACUUCGCGCUCAACAACGACCAGUGCGGCCAGCUGUUCGUCAAGUGUGGAUUCUCGGAGCUGACUGGUCGCAUUGAGGGCCAGAUCCACCGCUGUCCGCAGGGAUUCGCCUACUGGAACGUCAGCCGACGAUGCGAGCCCGCCCGCAAGCUGCCCAACUGCACGCCCACCACCUACAAUGUGGGCGGAAACGUGCCGCUGGAGUGGCUCAACAUUGGCCAUAGGCGCCGCAGCAUGCGCAUUUAAUUAGAUUUAGUCUAGAUUCACUUAGUCGCCCGCCAUUGUUCGUUUGCUGCGCCAGCACUUGAUGGCCAGCUUAACUAGCUGAUUGCGAUCGAGGCAAUAAGCUGACGCGCAGCAAACGAUCGAACAGAAGAGUUAGCUUAGGACGUAGGGAAAUUACAUUAGGUUAAGCACGGGUGCAGCCCUCCGACAAGUGGGAACUUAAAACAAGUUAGCCUAGAAUACAACCAUAUAUUUCUAUAAUAUAUUGCUUCGAUCGUUGGAGGGUAAACUAAAUUCUUGGUGUCGGACUGCGAGCGAGACUGCACUUUACGCAUUUGAAAAGGAAACAAAAGGUUUUGAGUAGUCUUCCUAUAGUGGAAACAGGCACAGCCUUCACUACACACACGUAAAUGCUGUAGCUUUUAUGCAGUAAUUGUAUUUAUGUUUAGAGUUGAAACAUACGUUCUGAACGCCAUAUACAAUGUAUCUUAGACUAUGCUUAAAGAUUAUAAUAAAUUGAAUCAUAUACAGAAAUCGUCGAA